AUGGCAGCAGCCAUCGCCAGCUCCCUGAUCCGACAAAAGAGGCAAGCGAGGGAGCGGGAGAAGUCCAACGCCUGCAAAUGUGUCAGCAGCCCCAGCAAGACCAAGACCAGCUGUGCCGACAAGAAGAAGCUCAGCGUCUUCUCCAGGGUCAAGCUCUUCGGCUCCAAGAAAAGGCGGAGGAGGAAACCAGGUGGGCUGGUCGCUGGUGGGGGAGGCGAGGGGUGGCAGGCUUGCUCCCGGUUGGGGGGAGAUGGACCGGUUCCUGGGUGAGGAGCUGCACCCCUGCGAAAACCGGGGUGGGCUGUUUGGUUCCCUGCCGGCUGUAGGCUUCCUUGUAAGGCGUCUGAUAGGCCACUGCGAUUGGAGGGUUCUGGACUAGCUGGACCUCUGGUCUCCUGUUCUGGUGCUCCUAUCACUGGGGAGAGGUGAGCUCUGUUAGUCUUGGUGGCUCUUUGGACUCUGGUGUCUAAUGCCCCUUGUGGAAAGGCUCAGAGGUAGAGCAUUUGCCUGGCAGGCAGAAGGUCCCAGGUUCAUUCCCUGGCAUCUCCAGGUAGGGCUGGGAAUGUCCCCUGCCUGAAACCCUAGAGAGCCACUGCCAGUCAGUGUGGACAAUACUGAGCUAGAUGGACCCAGUGGUCUGCCUUGGUAUAAAGGCAGCUCCGUAUGUCAGAAUACUGUUGAAUGUGUUAGGGAGGGCUAUUGCUUGGAAGUCCCCCUGCUUCUGGGCCUUUUGGAGGCACCUGCCUAGCUCUUGUUAGGAGAUGGAAGCUGGAUCCUCAGUCUGCAACAAGAGGGCUUUUCUUCUGUUCUUCUUAAACACAAGAGUUAGAUCUUCCAUGAACAAGAGCAGAAUGCCUCUGAAUAUCAGGAGCUGAGGAGCAAGAGCAGGAGAGGGCUCUUGCCUUCACUCCCUUGCUUCACGGCUUUCCCAUAAGUGUCUGACUGGCCACUGUGGGGAACGGGAUGCUGAGUUAGAUGGACCCUUUUGCUGUGGUCCUGCAGGGUUCUCUGUGGAGGACCAAAGCCAGGCAUUCUGAUUUUCCUACUGGGGGGGGGAGGGGGAGAUGUGAGCAAAUGCUGUAGGAGCCUAUGCAGCUGCCUUAUAUGAGAGGCAAACAUUAGUCCAUCCAUUCCAGUCAUUUCUGCUCUGAUUUAUCUCCCUCUGGGCUGAGAAUGCCAAGGAGUGAGUUGGGGACCUUCAACCCUGGCUGCACUAAUCUGCUACCCCACCCCAACGUGGAUCGAAACCAUCUUCUUAUGUGGCUAUUGGGGCUUGUGACCUGCAUGCUCAGGAGGCAACAAAGGGUGUUUUUUAAAAAAGAAAAAAGAAAAGGUAUAUUUGCAACAGUUCCUGAUUAGUUGCAGCCCUUUGUAGUGUGGGAAGGACCAUGGCUCAGUGGUGGAAUCUCUGCUUUGCAUGCAGAAGGUCCCAGGUUCAAUCCCUGGCAUCUUCAAAUAGGUCUGGAGAGACUCCCUGUCUGAAACCCUGAAAGAAUUCUGCCGGUCAGUGUAGACAGUACUAAGCUAGUUGGGCCAGUGUUCUGACUCACUGUAAGCCAGUUUCCGAUGUUCCUUUAAUGGAGCAGGAUGCAAGUGUUGGCUGGUUGCAUGGGGCCUCUUGGCGCAUUGUCUGGCCAUUGUAUGGUGGCAGCCAGGAGCUUCCAUGGCUCUUCUGUGGUUAGAUGUGUGGAGUGUAACAGCUGGGUGUUGACCACAAUAGUGAAAACAAACCUCCAUAUUCAAAGGUAGUAUACCUCUGAGUAUCAGACACCAGUGACAACUGCUGCUUGCAGUGCCUGUGAGUCAUAGAAGUAUCAGGGUGAUUUUGCUUUUGGGUCAGGUACAUCUCUGAUACAUCAGGGGGACUGCUAUGUUCAGACAUGUUUCGCACAUGGGUGGUGCUCCCCUCCACCCAUGUUGCAGCAACAACACACAAUCAAAUUAAACAAAUGAGUAUCUAUGCACAAGUUCCAUGUGCUUUCUGACACAGAUGAGCUUCCUGUAACAUAUGAAAGCAGUCCUAAGAGACCAAUUUUAACAUCAAGCUUGCAGGUUGAGAUGUGAAUGGAAGUUGAUUGGCACAUCUCUGCUUCCUGGUCCAUGUAUUGGGAGAGAAAUGUGGCAAUUGACACAUGACCAGCUGAGCAUGAUGCUCUUCCAUACAGCAAAACAUAAUGGCUAAUGGAGCCAAUGGAAAGCCAAGCAUUCAGAUACCAAUGGUAAUAAUUAGUUACCCAAAUCCACCUUUUUUGUUGUGGUAACACCUUUAAAACACCUUCCGAAAGAAUAUUUGGAACUGCAGUUUAAGGGUGCUGGGAACUGUAGCUGCAGUUCCCGGGAUUCUUUGUUUUUGUGGGCGGGGGGGGGGGGACUUAUUUUAAAUAUAUGGUGCAUACACAGCCUUGGUUGCAAUUGCAUUCUGCCCUUCCUCAGAGGAGCUCAGAGUUGGGUAUCAGCCCAGCCUCAUUUUAUUCUUACGACAGCCCUGUAAAGUACUCUGGGCUGAGGGGGGUGACUGGCUCAGAUCACCCAGUAAGCUUCACAGAUGACUGGGGAUUUGAACCUGGAUCUCCUUGCUCUAAGUUCGGGACUCUGUUCAUUCCACUGCUCUGACUUCUCUUUGAUUUCCAGUGCUUUAAACGCCCCAGUCCCUGAUCUCCCUCUUUUUCCUUUCACAUUGCUCUGCCUCAGAUCUUCAGCCCCUUUCUUUCUUUCUUUCUUUCCUCCUUUUCUUAUGCUUACUAAAGGACUUCUUGUUAUGCCUUCUGAGCAUCUUGCACACUCACUAAUAUAGACAGGCACCAGUUUUCUUUCCUUUCCCACACACUUGUAACUGUCCUUAGGAUUACCUACGCUUGUUUCCAUUCCUAAGUUCCUGUGCAUUUUUGACAAUGGCUGAUUUCAGUUUCUUAUGGAGGUUUUUUUUUCUCUCUCUACACACACAAAGGAAUCGGCAUGCCAAGAAUGUGUCUCUCUUUGUGCACCCAGCCCCAUGGACACAAUGGUGAAUGACAUCUUCUGCCUCUCCCUUGUUCAUGUACCAUCCUGGAUUUCUCUGCUGUUCCAGAUUUCUGCACUCACUUGAGAUGUAUGUUUGCGCAUCAGCAACAUAAGAAGCCACCUUGGUCUAUGUAGCUCAGCAUUGUCUACACUGACUGGCAGUGGUCCUCCAGGUUUUCAGGCAGGGGUUAUUCCAUCCCAGCCCAACCUGAAGAUGCUGGGGAUUGAACCUGGGACUUUCUGAAUGCACAUACAUUUGUAACCUGAAGCGUUUGUAACCUGAGGCGUUUGUAACUCGAGGUGCCUCUGAGCUACCGCCUUUCCUCAUUUGCCUAGAUCAGGGGUAGUCAACCUUUUUUAUACCUACCACCCACUAAUUCAUCUUUCUUGAUGGUAAAAUUUCCUUACUGCCCACCAGUGCUUGAUGGAAGGAGGAUUCAGCUUGUGCCGUAGAACCCCCUGCCGACCACCUAGAAUCCUGAAACACCCACUAGUAGGGACCAGGUUGACAACCCAGGCUUAGAUGGUAGAUGGGUCAUAGGAGAAAGUAAAACCAUUAGCCCAUCUAGCACAGUAUUGUCUACACUGGCAGACAGUGACUCUCCAGGGUUUCAGGCAGGAAUCCUAUCUGGGGAUUGAACCUGGGACCUUCUGCAUGCAAAGCAGAUGCUCUGCCACAGAGCUAUGGCCCUUCGCCACCCCCGACCUCAACCAUCGGUGACUUACUCAGAGAAUGCACACAUGCAGUUUGGCUUAUAGGCUCCAUUUAUUUCCACACACAACCCUGUCAUCUGUAUACAUAUUUCAUACACCCCCUGCAUACCCACUCAGGAUAUGUUACAUGAGGAUGGAGUUGCGAGGGAUGGAGAGAUAACCUUACCCAACUCCCGUUGUGUUUAUGCAUCAUUGUCGCAUCCCACAUUUUCAUGUGAAUCUGUCUUAUUUCUAGCCACCCACUAACUAUGCCAAAGUAGUUCAGGGCCACGCAUAUGCCCAUUGCGGACUGAGAUGGCUCAGUUGGUAGAACAUGGGACUCAAUCUCAGGGUUGUGGGUUCAAGCCCCAUGUUGGGCAAAAGAUUCCUGCGUUGCAGGGGGUUGGACUAGAGGAUCCUCACGGUCCCUUCCAUCUCUGCAGUUCUAUGAUUCUGUAAUUCUAGAUGGUAUUAUCCCACUUUAUCCUCUCAAAAACCCUGUAAUGUUGGUUUGGCUCAGAUAGUGCAUUGGUAGAGCUCUCUCUUUUCCAAGGCUGCCCACUCUAUCACUAGUAUCCCUUUGCAAAUCUGUGCAUUUGCUCCAGGCUGCUGUUGUCACCAGUACUUUCCUAUCACCCUUUUGUAAGGUUGGUCUUCCGUAUAAAAUGUGUGAGACGAGGGAUGCACCUGGGUGGGUGGGGAGGAACGAGCAAGCAUCUAAAUGCGGAAAGGGGAAUGAGCCAAUUCCCUCUCCUCUGGUUUUACUUUUCUAAAAAACAAAUAAAUCACCAAACUCGCAACCAUUAAAUAUUCCAGUUGUUCUUAACCAGCUGAAGAACUAAGAGUUGUUUCAUGCACUGCCUAGCUAUUAUCCCUGGGUUAACUGUGCUCACUUGACCAGGAGCUAUGUCACUCUCUGAUGCAAGGAACUUGUACAAGACAUGUAUUUGCAAACACACAUCUCAACUUUAUAUGCUGCAUUUCUUGUGUAUGUGCGUGUACAGACACAUCUUCUGUGUACACAUAUGCUUUUUUAAAAAACAAGUGAAGGGACCUGAAAUGACAGGCUGUAAAAGGAAGUAGAGGGUCAUUCUUGUUAACAGCAUUUUGGGCCAACAAUCAGCAAUCCAGUUUGUGGUGGGUCUGAUAACUAUGGGCCAUUUCAAAUGUUACACAGCAACAAGGGAUGAGCAAGCAUGUAAAUGCUCUAGCGUAUUUUGGAAAACGGAAUUAGCAAAUCCCCGCUCCUUGGUUUUGCUUCGCUAAAUCUUCCAAACCUGUAAAAUCUUCCAUUAAGUAGGUGGCUGAUGAGAAGUGGUAGCAAAACCUGGUGGGUGCCUGUACGAUGUGUGUGUUUUCAACCCCAUUUGUCAUCACAGUACAUCGCAUUUCUAGAGGUAUUCUUCCAAAAAACAAAAAGUUCCAAAGGUAACUUAAAGGUAAAGGUAAAGGGACCCCUGACGGUUAGGUCCAGUUGCGGAUGACUCUGGUGUUGCGGUGCUUAUCUCGCUUUACUGGUCGAAAGAGCCGACGUACGGCUUCCGGGUCAUGUGGUCAACAUGACUAAGCCACUUCUGGUGAACCAGAGCAGCGCACGGAAAUGCCGUUUAGCUUCCCACCACAGUGGUACCUAUUUAUCUACUUGGACUUUGACGUGCUUUCGAACUGCUUGGUGGGCAGGAGCAGGGACUGAGCAAUGGGAGCUCACCCUGUUGCAGAGAUUCGAACCAUUGACCUUCUGAUCGGCAAGCUCUAGGCUCUGUGGUUUAGACCACAGCGCCACCUGCGUCCUAAAGGCCACUUAGAUGCAACCUAAAAGAGGGACAUGACGGAUGGUGAGGCCCUAAAUAAGCUUGACAGCAUCACCAGGUUAGUCUGCUUUGCUAAUGUUGCAAGGUUGCUUUUGGAAAGCAGUAUGCAUCACUGCCAGAUCCCACUUGAACGAGAUGGGAACAGCUUUGCUGUGGCUGGAGGUGGACAACAAUUGUUUCUGCACCUCUCACUGUUUCACUGCAGAGGUCCCAAACUAACUAAAAUUGAUGAAGCCAGACAAAUCCCCAGGCACAGAUCUCCAUAUCUAUGGCGCAGGUGUUUGUUGACCCUUUCUGGAAAGAAACGUGCCAUUCAUGAGGCUACAUUUCAUUGUGUCACAAGUCAUUCUUCAGCCAAGUCUUCACGUUCCUCUGAUGCUCUGACUGAGCCUUACAGUCUCAUUUACUAACCAUCAAGAUGGCAAGGAUGUUGUUGUACCCAUGAGUUUCGGAAAUGUUCAUAUGUCUGUUUAGCUGCAUAGCAGGCUCCAGAUGGAGGCAUGGGUGUGCAUUUGCUGGGCUCCCUAAUCCCAGUCAAGGGGCACUCUGCUCUAGCCAGGGGCACCUGAGGGUGUGGGGGACAGGAGUCUCGAUGCCGAAAUCAUGGAGGACUGCGUAGACUUUCCAGUGAAUCAUCCGACUGUGGCACAUGCUGACAUUUGCACAUGGAUGCUGACAAUGCCAAAUGAAUGUCUGGGGAACAUUCAAAGACAAAUGACAGAUUUCCCUACUUUUUGGAUACAGACAGAUCCUCUUUCUUUCUUUCUUUCUUCUUUCCUUCUCUCUCUCUUUCACUAUAAGAUUCCAGGGUAGGUUACAGGAAUGUAAAAAUACAACAUUCAACCCAGUUUAAACACUUUAAAGAAAUUAUUUAUUAUUAUUAUUAUUAUUAUUAUUAUUAUUAUUAUUAUUAUUAAUUUAUUUUAAGAAUGUAAAACUUUGGAUAGUGUAUCCUUGGUGUUUUUGGACAUUCUCAACAUUUGUCUGGAAUCGCAAUACUUGCCAAAUUCCAGAUAUUCACUGUAGAGUAUCUGUCUUUCUCUUUCUCUCACUGACACACACACACACACACACACACACACCAUUUGAAACCAAGUAAAAGCAUAAUUUGGGUUCAAUUCUGCUGUAUUGUUGCUUACACUUACCCUCUUUCCUAUUACCUUCCUCUAGCAUAUAUUUUAGUACUUCUGUCUCUUGAUGCUCAAUGGUUAAUUGGAACUGCAGUGGUACUAACUAUACCUCUCAGCUUGGUUCUUGGUUAGCACACGUCCUCUCAUUUUAAGAAGUGUUUUUCCUUCCUCCCUUCUCUUUUUAUUCUACUGCUGAUGAAUCUCAAGCUCAUUAAAAAGCAGGAUCUUUUCCUUGCCAGCACAUUUCUAAUCUUAAUAGCAAUCAGAUCUAGCUCCUUCAGCCAUGUAACAUACUGCUGGCAUUUUGAUCCACUGGCACAAGAUUUGUGUUUUAAAACCACCUGCAUUUCUUACCCCAAGUCAGUGGUGACCACCAAUCCUCCAUUUGCUGAUUUGUUUCGGCAAUCUCACAAAUAGCUGCGAAACUUCUAGCUGGGGGUCUUUCUCUCUGGAAAAAUGAGGCAUGUCUUUUUUGUUCACCGAAAGCAUAUGCAAUGUCAGUUUCAGAAUUGAACUUUUAAUCUUUUCCCCUUGUUUGUUUUCUUACAGAACCACAGCUUAAAGGCAUUGUAACAAAACUGUACAGCCGGCAAGGGUAUCACUUGCAGCUACAAGCAGAUGGAACUAUCGAUGGCACUAAAGAGGAAGAGAGUACCUACAGUGAGUAUUCACCUUGGAAAUGGUUUGUUUGUGCAGUCUACAAGUCCAUAUGAAUGGCUUAAAAAACAACAACACCAAAUCCAAUGCCUGUUUUGGAGAUAGCAUGUGGCAGAUGGAAUCAAGGCAACAUCAUUAUUGUCUGUGUGUUUGCUGUUCAACCUUCUGUACAAAAACACUUGAAUGUUCGAUGAACCAGUGGAGGUAGUGGUGGCUUCUGAAAAACCUGUGCAAAUGUUAUCUCCAUAGAGAUCUGGAGGGUUUCAUCUCUUUGCUUUGGAUCUCAUUAGGUUUUUGUUCUCCACCCGGAGAAAGUUUUCUCACUCCCUCAUUUUGCCUGGAAUAAAUCCAAGCCGUUGCUUCUCCAAAAGUACCAGAAACAAAUGAUCCCACCAAGAACUGUGGGGGAGAGGGUGAAGAAACCAGCCCACUUCAUUAAAUUUGCAUGUUCCACACUCUGGUGAUAGACCUCAGAUUGAUUCUGCUUUCACUUUCUUCUCUGUCUUCAGAGUUGGAUUUAGUCAGGUGAAAAUAUCCAGUGGGAAAAUGUUUUUUCCUUACACAAAUAUGUCCAUAAACCUUUGAAUCAUUUGUUUGUUGGAGGGUGGGAGUUAUCCCAGCACAGCUUUCCUUCAGGAGUCUGUGUUCAUGACAAUUAUUUUAAAAACAUUAUUUUAUUAUUAUUAUUAUUUAUUUAAUUUAAUACCGCCCAAUACCCAAAGGUCUCAUAGUUCAAGAACAUAGUUCUUGCAGAGAUGGCAGCUGUAGGAAAGCUGAAUUAGUUAUGCACAGUGAUCUGGAAGAGAGCCUCCUUUUUUGUUUUGUUUUUGUUUAUAGGUUCUCCUCCUCUUCCAUGAUCUACCCACUCUUCACCCUGAGGUCAUAGGGUGGACCACAAUAAUUCAAAAUACAACAUUAAAUGCAAUUUAAAACAAAUUGCAAUGACAAUAACUGGAUGGGUCCUAAUGAUACACAUCUCAAGUGUCAAAACUCUUGAAGUAUUCAAGUCCAUUUAAGUGGCUCAUCCACUUCAGCAUUCAGACUUUUGAUCAGGGCCAACCAGGAAGGUUCUGUGUUUUUUGGGGGGGGGAUAUUUUUUAUUUUGCUUUUUAUUGUGUUCUGUAUUUUUAUGUUUUUAUAUUGUGAACUGCCCUGUGAUCCUUGAAGGGUGGUAUAGAAUGAAUGAAUUAAUGAAAUGCCUUUUUUCAAGCACACCUUGUGAUCUUCCUCAGAGAUUCUUCCCUAGGUUUUCCUUGCCAAAGGCAAGUGAUUUCUAGGGAGAGGGUCUUGUUAGUAGUGGUACCUCACAGAUGGAAUGGCCUCCCCAGAAAGGCUCGCCUGGCACCCAGGGCAUGACAUUGAUAGUCACCAAGCUUCUUCUUCUCCCAUGCCUUUUCCAUUAUGAUCUGUCAAACGCUUGUAUUUUUUUGUCAAGUUAUUGGGUUUUAAGGUGGAUUUAAUUGUUUGGGGGGCUUGGUUUUCUGCUAACUUUAGGUGGCUUUCUUUUCCUGGACUUUUUCUGUGUGGGAUUAUUAUUAUUUAAAAAACAUUGUGUGUUUUUGUUUUUUUUAAAAUGUGUUUUUAUUGCAAAAUGGAUUUUCAUUUUAGUCUUGGUUUUAAAUGGCCCAGAGAUCUUGGUUGAAUAGGUUGUAUAGAAAUGCAAUAAAUAAAAUAAUGCUUCAAGGUGGUGCACAAGCAGGGUGUGACAGCAGCAUCACAACUCGGCUGUUGUUCUGCUUUUGCCUAACACAGGUAGUCAGUCACAACUAGAUCUGUCCACCAUGAAUCGGUUGCAAAAAAAAAUAGGGAGCUGCUUAAUAUUGAGUUGGCCAUCUAGCUGAGUGUUGUCUACAUUGGACUGGCAGCGACUGCCCAGAUUUUUAUUCAGGGAGCCUUUCCAUCUCUCUACCUGGAGAUGCUGGGGACUGAACCAUUUAUUACUCAGCGCAAAUGAAGCUUUUCCUGUCAUCUUGUGCUUUGUUAAAGGGAGAGAGUUCACGCAAUCAGUGUUGAAACCCAAAGGGCUGCAUGGACUCCCCUGUCCAUUCUUUGCUCCUCAGGGAGCUGCCUUCCCAAGUUUGUCACGGGAAGGUGGGGAAUCUACUGGCCCGCCCCUCACCUGGACCAUCCCUUCUUCCUCUGCCACAUCCUGCAUGCCUUCUUCUGCCUCAGACUUCCUAGACUCUCCCUUCUCCCAAGGCUCCUGCCUUGCAGGUGGCAUGACACCCUAGAAAAUCGCUGGUCCCAUCUCCUGGGUCACUCCCCCGGUCGCCUGGCUCCACCACACACUCUUCAGAGCCCUGCCAACCCCUAACAACUGUUAUCUAGGUGUUACUCGUAUUCACAUCCAUUUAUUGCAGGGAUGGAGAGCUUCUGGCUCAGCAAAUGUUGCUGAAUCACAACUCCCAUCAGCCCCAGCAAGCAUGGCCAAUGGCCAGGGAUGGUGGGGGUUGUAGCAUGUGGAAGGGGCCAAGUUUCUCCACACCUCCUCUAUUGCUUAUGCCACACUUUUCAUUCUAAAGUGAAGCCCAAUGCAGCUAACAGCAAACAACCCACUCAAAACCAAACAUUGGACUAAUAUUUUUAACCAAAAAAAGAAGCAUAUAUCAAAAUUCAGAGCAAUUCAAAGCCACACUCAUGAGAAAAAAUACAGUAAAUUGAAUGAAUCUAUAUUAAUGAAUUAUUUUGAUGUAAGUUCUGGUCUCAACAAAAGCAAGGGAGGUACCAUGGACAGCUCCAUGGCUCAGGAUGAAGAAUGCAGCAUCAAAACACAGCUUAGAUGUUGCUUCAGCAACAGCUACUCACAGGCCGAGCCUUUUAUAGGAGCUGGAGUUCUGUCUCAAUAAAUGUGGCUUCUUUAAUUUAAGAAGCCCAAGCCUUCUCCAACAAUGGUUUGCUUGGGUGGAGUAAGGAGACUCUGCUUGCCCUGGGCCUUCUGAGAUGAAGUCUUCUGAGUCAGAGGGUGGAGAGAAGGGUACUGGCUGUUAGGGCUUCUCCGGUGCAAGUACUUCUAAGGCUCACACUGAUGGUCCCUCUCCCUCCACUCUGAAUCCCCAGCCUCAUCUCCUGAAGAAAAGUAGCUUGGCUCCAGGAUGCUGUUUCUCCUUGUGAUGAUCCCAUGCUACUGGGAAGUGCAUCUGAAUAGUCUUCCAUUCAGCCACUCCAAAUUUCUGCACCCUCAUAUGUGUGAUGGAUGAGGCAGAUGGAUUGUGGGUAGGCCCCUAGACACUUCUCUCAGCAGUCUGAAUCUGGUGGCUGCUAAAUGUUCAUAGUAGCCAAAGGAAGAACCAGGAGUGAUACCAAUUAUGUUGCGUAUGACAAAAUGUGUUCAUUUUCAAUGAACCUUUUUACCGCUAGCAUAAAUAAUUAGAUUCUCUGUUGGGAAGACAAGUUUAUGUUAAGACCACAUAAUAAAUGGCUGCCAAAAAACAAAAACAAAACCAUUUCCCCCGAAGCUCUGAAAUUAUGAUACACUCUACAGAAGAUAUUGUGGCCAUUCCUCAUGUAGAAACUUUUUGUAACCUGCUUCUCAUUGCUAUUAGGAACUAGCAAAAAUGACCAUGAUAAUGACAGCAGGGUAGAGAGAUUGCCAAAAAGAGGUCUUAUGAGCAUGGUGUACUCCCAUGGUGGGUUCCUAUCUAUGCAGCUCCUUCCCCCACCCUAGAAAACCACUGUCCUACAGAAGUAAUUUUCAGCCAGCCACUUGUAUGGGCUUUUGUAGAUGGCCCCUUAGUUAACCUUGAGAAAGAAGGUUUCGACCUGCCUGUAUUUUAAUCAUAGCCCAGUAGUAGGAAUGGAUAAAGCUGUCAAUUUCAGUGUCUCAUUUCUCUAAUCUUAAACUGAGUUCACCACAAGUCCACAUCAAUUUGUGCAUGGGUGGGGGUUGUGGGGGAGACCUCACAAAAGCAUGGCCAGUUUCCCACACGCACUCUGUACGAGGAUGGCCGGAGGGCAGUUGUGCGCAGGGUGAUGACCAUGGGGACUUUGGGGUUUCAGUGUGCACACAUUUGUCCCAUGUCCAGUACCCUGCCUCUCCUGGGACCUCAAGCAGGGGCAUAGGAAGAGGGGUGUGGGAUGUGUGGACCGCCCCAGGUGUCAUCCUGAAGAGGGGUGACAUUCGGCACGCCCCCCCCCGCCCACUACUCCCCCAAGCCCAGCGAGCGGCAAGUGGCGCAGCAGCUGCUGUGGCUCUCCCCCUUUCCCCGGCUUACUGUAGGCUUGGGAGUCAUGGGGGGGGGCCCCCUGUGCUGAGAUCAGCCCCUGGGAGGAUUGCGCAGCCGCACCGAGAUCGGGCACUGGGGUGGAUCACACAGCGCGCUGAUCAGCUCAGCUCCGCCACUGACCACAAGGAAAGACUUCUGUCUGUGCCUCUGAAAAGCUGCUUCCAGUCAGUGCAGAUAACACUGAGCCAGAUAGGCCAAUAGUCUGACUCAGUAUAAUGCAGUUUCUGGGUGCCUGUAUCUGGUUUCUAUUCACAGCACUUGGCUCUUUGGAAGAACUGAUGGAUGACGGAUACCUGGCUGCACCGGAAAGUUUUAUUGUAUCCAACUCAUGGCUUAUGUAUUUUAACAAAAUGUAUUCUAACAACUGAUAAAUAAUAAUUGAUUUUGUGUUAGCUUUAGUGGCUGAUACUGCCUAUCUUCUACCGAAGCUGAAAUGUCAUUAUAAUGUCAGCAUUAUUGAAAUGAACUGUUGCAGAAUUGGGUCAUUUGUUUGGAUUGCUGUAUUAUCAUGUUUUGAAAUGAAUUGGUUGCAGGCUGUUGCUGCAAGGGAGAUGCUUUGAUAUGUAUUGCUGUUAUUGACUUGCUGUCUAAGGUGCUCCUAAGGUUCCUAAGUGCUGGAAAGACCUGGGGCCCAAAUCUGCAAAAAAUUACACCUGCUGAUUUAUAUGGGUACAUGCAGAUCUAGGUCAACUUUCGAAGAGAAACAAACAAACAAGUGCUGCCUUUUGCUGCCAGGUUUUCCUUGAGCUAUAGAGCACCAGCUGAGUUUUCUGAGUCCCAUGCACUCUAUGUGGUCUGUGUCCCACCUGCAGUCUAUGCACAACACAUAGAAUAUUAGUAUGGACAUUUGGGUUCUUUUUUUAUAAAAAACAAAAACCUGUUGAUUGUAUCUGUAUUUUAGAAUUGUUAUCCUGCCUGAUGCCUUUCAAAGUCUGUCUCUUGCUCUUUAAAAAUAAUAAUGUUCUAUAUGGUUUUAUGUUAAUGGCUUAGAUGAUUUGCUUAUUUAUGAUUAGCGGUAUAUACAUUUUGCUAAACGGACUGCUGCAUAUCUAUGUACUGAAACCAAAGCAAGUACCAUCCAAAAUCUAACAUGUCUUUUGGUUGCUCACUGACCCUCUCACACAUACACAUACACAUCUAUAUCCUGUAUGGGCCAUAUUUGAUAAGUGUGUGGGGCUGACCACCUGUCAAUCACCUUCCAUCACAAUGAAGUCAGAUGCUGCGGUGCUUUGAAGCCCCGGCAACCAACUGAUCAUUGGGACUGCUUCUGGGACUUCCAAAGGUUCUCCUCCUCUGCAUUUUAGUUAUUUGUCCCCUAUUUUAUUUGAUUUCCUAUCCAUGCUUUAUGCAGGGUGGGUUGCAACCACAAUAAACUAGGCAAUUAUGCAACAAAUCUAUCCCCACCACAGCCCUUUGAGAUUGGUUAGGCUGAAAGACUGUGACCGGCUGCUGGCAUCCCAGGCCCUGGUCCAAUGCUCUAACUGCAGGAGGGGAGGCGUGAACACAGAUUGGCAGGGUACCUACCGACUAGAUGAAGGAUCAACCAUCCUCGAAAUUCAUGUAAUCAUAUGCCUAUCAGUGGCUAUUCAACAACAACAAAAACCCCGCAAACAAACAGAGGAGGGGUUCAUCAUGUGUAAGUAACAAAGGAAGAAGUUGCAGGAACCCAAGUGAGACUGAAAUUAUAUCAAAAAUAAUGAUUUAAACAUGAACAUAUGUGGGUAUAUGCUUAUUUUAUUUAUUUAUUAUUUAACAGGAUUGAUGCUACACCUGACUGUAGGAAAACCUCUAAGGAAUAUUGAAAUUAUCAAUAAAAACACUUAAAACAAUUAAAAACCUUCAAAAAUAAUAACAAGUUUUUUUAAAAAAGGAAAAAGAUUAAAGCACACCAGCUCAAUGUGCCUGGAUAGGCUUGCCUGAACAAGAAUAGUUUUAGGAGGUGCCAAAACAGUGCAGCAAAGCUGCCUCUCUGAUGUGAAUAGGCAGGGAGUUCCAGAAAUUGAUUCCUUGCAAGUACAGAGCAAGUAUAGUUGUGUACUGGUAACAGUGCCAGUUCCGCAGAUAAAAAUGAUUCAGUGGGCACAUAUGGGGUAAAUUCAUCCCACAUUUUGUAAAAAAUACAAAAUGUUAAAAUACAAAUUCACCAAAUAAGAAAAAAUGGUGUUCUCUGUGAAUCAGAUACUAAUUGAUACUAAUUGAUAAGAUGUCUAGAAUUAUAUCUCAGGAUAUGCUACUUGUGAAUAAUUCUCCAAUUUGAUUUUGAAGCAACAUGAAGCGAAGUUUAAUCUUGGAGCUCUCGUCCUUAAUUAUCUGUAUUGCAUGGAGAACUUCAUUGUUUUUCAUACAGUGGUUAUAUUUUGGAGAAUUUGUAUUUUUGUAAUUUUGCAUUUUACACAUGCAUACCCAAGUGUUUGCAUAUAUAAUUGUUCAUGUUCAAAUUAUUGUCCUUUCUGAUAUCAUUUCAUUGUCACUUGGGGCUCAUGCAGCUUUGUCUUUUCCUACUUAUCAGUGGCUAUUUGCCACAAUGGAGAUGCAGAACCUCCAUGGUCAGAGACAGUUUAUCUCUGGAUACAAUUUUCUAAAGAGCGACAGUGACAAGAGUUUCCUUAAGGGCUUCCUGUAGGCAUCUGUUUGGUUGCUGUUGGAUGCAGGAAGCUUGCAUAUAUGGAUCCGUGAAAUGAUCUUAUCUGUUGGGGUUCUUCCCCCAUUCCACCCCCAAGAGAGUUGAUUAGCUUGCCUUUGCUCCUUUAUAAAGGGUGUGUGUGGAUGCCCUGCCAUGCUACUUUGCUUUAAAAAAAGAAGCUCAUAUUAAAUAUUCACAAAAUGUCUCCUUCAAUGAAAGAUUUGAAGUUGUUGCUGAAAUCUGGAGAGGUUAACUUCCUUCCUUCUUCCUUCUUCCUUCCUAGCUUUGUUUAACCUCAUACCUGUGGGUUUACGAGUGGUGGCAAUUCAAGGCGUCCAAACAAAACUGUACUUAGCCAUGAACAGCGAAGGAUACUUGUACACAUCGGUAAGUGUCAACUGUAUUCCACACUCUUGGUUUAUUUAUCCUGUCUUGUGUGUGUCAGAAACCCAGGCCCCGGAAACAAUGUAAUGAUGCUUAUUUGGUGCAACAAUGGGGGAUAGGAGCUGCUCUUUGGAAGUGGUUUAUUGCAGCGUGCUUCUCUGCUGAGUGUGAAAAUGGGGUGGGAUGGGUUUUUUUUUUUUUUUUUUGCAGAAUUGCAGCUGAAUCCUUUGCCUUGUACCUUAUGUAAACCCUCUUACUUGAUCUCCCAUGCUAAGUUUGGAUAAUUGGCAGGAAACUGCACAGGGGAAUGAAUUUCGUAACUCAAAAGAGAGGCACUUUCUGUUGUUAAGGCUGUUACGAUGUUGCUAAGCAGACUACUAAAAAUGUUUAUUGACUAAUGGAUCUGCACCCCACCCCCCAAAAAAACCCCACCAAGGGCAUUAUCCAUUAUUUAUUUAUUUGAAUUUAUAUGCCACUUUUUAUCCAAAGAUCCCAGGGCUGAGCACUACAUUAAGAACUUAAUUUAUGCAGUACAAUAAUUACCAUAUUUUUCGCUCUAUAAGAUGCACCAGACCACAAGACGCACCUAGUUUUUGGAGGAGGAAAACAAGAAAAAAAAUAUUCUGAAUCUCAGAUGCCAGAACAGCAAGAGGGAUCGCUGAGCAGUGAAAGCAGCAAUCCCACUUUCUGUUCUGGCUUCUGGGAUAGAUGCGCAGCCUGCAUUCACUCCAUAAGACGCACACACAUUUCCCCUUACUUUUUAGGAGGGAAAAAGUGAGUCUUAUAGAGCAAAAUAUACGGUAAAAAAUGAAAUCCACAGCAUAAUGAUGUCAUAAUAAGUCACUGUCACCAACAGUAUAUCUGGAACCUAUUCAUAAGAACAGAAGAAGAGUUUGGAUGCUGGAUCCAUCCAAUGACCCAUCUAGUCCAGCAUCCUGUUCUCACAGUGGCUGAUCAGAUGCUACAGGGAUGCGGGUGGCACUAUGGUCCUAAACCACUGAGCCUCUUGGGCUUGCUGACCAGAAGGUUGGCAGUUCGAAUCCCCGUGAUGGAGUGAGCUCCCGUUGCUGUGUCCCAGCUCCUGCCAACCCAGCAGUUCGAAAGCAUGCCAAUGCAAGUAGAUAAAUAGGUACCGUUGUGCAGGGCCGGAUUUAGGUUUGAUGAGGCCCUAAGCUACUGAACGUAAUGGGGCCCUUUAUGUGUCCAGCUGUCCUUUGUCAACAACAAUUUUUUGCUGUUUUUUGUGUUGAAUAUAUGCUAUAUAGUAAUUUAUGGACCUAUACAGCAUAAAACACUGUUGCUGUAUGUAGGUUUUAUUUGUUUUUUAUCUUAUAUUUUGGAAAUGUAUAUCCAGGUGUUUUUUCCUUUAAUUUUUUUGGGGACCCCAAGAGAGUGGGGCCCUCAGCUAUAGCUUGUUUAGCUUAUAUGUAAAUCUGGCACUGUCACUGUGGUGGGAAGGAAAACGGCAUUUCUGUGUGCUCUGGUUUCUGUCACGGUGUCCCAUUGUGCUAGAAGUGCUUUAGUCCUGCUGACCACAUGACCCAGAAAGCUGUCUGUGGACGAACGCCGGCUCCCUCGGCCUGAAAGUGAGAUGAGUGCAGCAACCCCAGAGUCACCUUUGACUGGACGUAACUGUCCAGCGGUCCUUUACCUUUACCAGGGAAGCCCAUGAGCAGAACCUGAGGACCUCAGUCUCAGGCUAGAAGUAACAGGCAUUUUGAGAGUGGUUAUGUUUAACAUCAAGGUCCAGGUUCGUCUGUAGAAAGCAAGCUAGUCAAUUACAGAAUCUGGUUAUGUGGCCAUAUCCCAAAUUCAGAGUUGGAGAUUAGGGAUGAACAGACUGGUAUUCCGUUAUUGUUCUGACAUUCUGAUAUUUCUUGGGUUCUGAUAUGUUUGAAUUCCAUCAGGAAUAAAUGUUUUUGUAAUGUUGGCAUUUGGAUUCUGAACAUACGUCCUCAGUGCAAUACUUAAUAAAAACAAAAACAAAAAACAACAACUGUAUUUGCAUGGAAAAACAGAGAAAAGUGACUUUUAUUGUUGCUAGGUUUUUUUUUAAAAAAGCCAAAGCAACGAAUCUCCAAAAAAGAGAGCCUGCAAUCGCAGAGCCGAAUAAUCCUAAACAGCUAUUAAAAACAUAAAUAUAUAAAUAUAUGCCAAAUGCAAUGCCAAAACCCUUGAAAUAUGACUCAAGAAAAAACACAGGUUACAGCAUUUUGAGUUCAGUGCCAGUAAGCGUAUCCCAUGAAGUGGAACCUCAAAAGGGGAGGGGGGGAGAGAGUCCUGCAGAGGUGGAUUUCUUCUACGUCAUCCACGAGUUUUUCUGUAAUCCUCACAAGUUUAUACUUUCACGGUGCACUUUUAUACUUGUCUACCCAUUGAGUUCUAUGGGAUUUAUUUCCAGGUAAAUGUACAGCUUAAAUGUAGCGAUGAAUGGGGAUGAAUCUCCAGUGAUUUCUCCUGGCGAAGUGGCAAUCACACUUCUGGAGCUGAAGCAGUUUUGUCUCACCCACCCAACCUGAUAUCAUAAUUUGACAUGAUUUUAUUGUGCUCACCAUGUAUAUAUGCUUAAUGUAUUUGUAAACUGCACUGAGAUCUUUCAGGUGGUAAGCAGUCUAUAAAUGGCAAUAAUAGUAAGUGCAUUGAAUCUAUGCCCAUAAAAUAUGAGGUGCGACUACAUAACAGCAAAUGGUAAAUAUGUAUUGAGGAUGGAAGGGGAGCUUGGAAAGAAGAUAGUGUUUUGUUUUCACUUAAACAAAUGAUUGCAACCAAAGUGUUUUGCUUGCAGCUGGUGUGUAAGGGUGCUUUGAGCUAUUUUGAGUGUGAGGUUGAUGUUUGCACCUGCUGUUAGUGCUGGUUGUUUCUUUACUGGGUUGAGGUUGUGCAGUGCAAUGCAUAUUAUUAUGAUGUAGUCAGGAAUGAGUGGGUGGAAGUAGUUUUAUAUCCUCCAAGGCAGGGCUGCCCCACCCAUGAGUCAAGGUGAGAUGACCACCUCAGGAGGCAGGAUCCGCAUGGGCAGCAGAUCCAGCCUCCAAGGAAUGAAUCACCCGCUGCUGCUGCUGCUGCUGCUGCCAAGUGAAAGAACUGCACUGGCUGCAGAUGGGGUACCAGCCAAAUUCAAGGUGUUAAUUCUAGCAAAUAAAUCCCUAGGAGGCCUGGGACUCAAGUACCUAAAGUGCAUCUUCUCCCAUAUCAUCCAUCUCAGAUCUUACAAUGGUAGUAGUUCUGCCACUAGGGUUGAGUAGUUGAUGUUAACCCACAACAGGGCCUUUUUGGUGGUGGUUCCCCAUUUGUGGAAUGCCCUUCCUGUGGAGGUGCAUCUACCUCCUUCACUACUGGCUUUCAGGAGAAACAGUAUAACAUUGCUGUUUACCAGGACAUUUGAUGGUUUGAAAGACACUGUUCCAAGCAACCCUGAGAUUCUUGCCUGAGAUGUUUUUUAAAACUGUUUUAUCCUUGCCAUGUCUGCCAGCCUGCGCUCAUUCAGGAUGAAUUAUUGUUAUUGUUAUUAUUGGCAAAAGAUUUAAUCACCUCCCUGGUGUUACCUAGGGAGGUGCUUGGGCUUCACUGAAUCUGCUAGGAGAAGAUAAAUCCAGAGGUUUCUGGUGCAUAUAGCCACCGACUGACUUUCUGUGCAGCAUCAGCUAUGUUCAGCCCAGGACUUCCCAUCUGCUCUUCUCUAGAGCUUCUUUUCAUAGGCUGUAGGGGAGGAAGAAAAUUCUAAGGCAGGGAAGGUUGAAAACCUUUGUUCCCCCUGAUAUUGUUGGACUACAACUCCCAGCAUCCCUAGCCAGCAUGACCAAUGGUAAGGGUUGAUGGAAAUGGUGGCUCAGCAGUACCCGGUGAGUCAGGGUUUCCCCUGGGUACAGUACUGGACUGGGAGUGACAAGAUCCACUCACCCACAAAGACCUCACCUACCUCAAUGGGUUCUUGUUGUGAGGAUAAAAUGGGAAAGGGUUAAGAUGAGCAGUGGAUGCCAUCUCAUGCUCUUUAGGAGAAAGGAUGGGAUGAAAAUGCAAUAAAUCAGUGGACAUUAGCAAUUGCCAACAAAUGGAACUUCUAUGUGCCAUGGCAGCCUAUCUCUGACUACUAUAUCUUGGGGGGGGGGGAGCAGGACAAGGUGUUGCCUUCAUGGGGACACCAGAGGCAUCUAGCUAGCCACUAUUGAAAACAGGACACUGCAGUAGAUGGGCGUGGGGCUCUUCUUAAAUUCUUGGAGAGUUAGAAUCCGCUUAACUGUACACCUUUGAAAAGGAUUGCUUUAUGCAGUGACCUUAUCAUUUGCCUUAUUUUAAAGGAAAGGGACCUGAUGAAUAAAUGAUCUUGGACUUAGGAGGUUGGUAGGUUUUUUGUUUUUUUUUAAGGAAAUGGCUUCUUCCCCCCUCCCCCCACUUGCUAAUUGGAAGUUUUUUUUUCUCAUUCCAUUCUGACAGUUUGCUCAGGUUUGCCCGUGCCCCAGCGCAUAGCAAUUAGCAUGCCGGGCUCCUCCAGCAAGGAGCCUUCCGCAGCUCAAGUGAAAGCAGUGGCACGGUGGCUGGUUAUGGAGCCUGCUGAUCCGUAAUCGGGAAUGGGGUGGAAUUAAGGCUGUGGAGUGUGAUGAAUGUGUGGGCUGCCAAGGCUUGUGUUUGACAGAUAGAUCUUUCUAGAGAUUUCUCACAUCUGCAAAUUGCAGCCAAAAAAAGAUGCUGCUGGUAGAAUCACAAAAAAAGAAGGGGGGGGGGGACAGAGAGAGCUCCCCGGCAGAGAGAAGCAGCUCAAGUGCAACUGACUCAACGAUUGUAGGAGCAUCAGAAGCCACCUUAGACUGAGUCAGACCAUUGGUGCAUCUAGCUCAAUAUUGCCUAUGCGGACUGGCAGCAACUCCCCAGAGUUUUGCUUCCAACUCUGCCUGAAGGUGCCUGAAUUGAACCUGGAACCUUCCACAUGCAACACGUGUGCUCCACCACAUGGCUGCAGCUCUUGCUCUCAAAAAGAAGCUAGGAGUCUAGUCCACAUUGUUAUUACUUAAGAGGGAACAGAGGAAGCUACUGGCUUACAUUGAGUCAGACCAUUGAUCCAUAUUCUCUGCACCCAUUAUCAGCGGUUCUCCAGGAUUUCAGACUGAAGGCAUUCCUCCCUGGAGAUGCCAAGUUUCUAAGGUUGGGUCCUUCUGCACACAAAGCAUUUGCUCUGCCAUGGAAGUGUGGCUCUUCUACAUUACACAAUCUCUGUGAGCUACUUUUGCACAUUACAGGUGGGCUUUGGUGGCAGAGCUUUGGUUCAAUGGAGUGGCUGUCUUUGGCCUUGGACUUAAUGGCCUCAUGGGGCUGGAUUUUAGACAGCUAUGUGCAACUGUGAUUUCACUCGCAACCCUCACUAUUCCAAUUUCUCUUCUUCCUUCCUUCCUGCCCCACCCCACCCUGUGCCAUCCUUUGCUUUAUCAUUUCUGCUUCAUUCCGGAUAGACUUGUGCAAAGCACUGACAAAAAGAAAAAUGUUGCCACCCCUGAAUUGUUUCUUCAAAGGAAAUAAUUUGAGCCUGUGCUGUUUUGCACCUUAGCUUAAAUCAUAGCACGAUCAGGACUAGGGGAGUAAAAUGGCAAGCAGGAUUUUCCUCAAAGGCCUCAGGUGUACUAUGCAUUUAAAACAGCAUGAUGCCACUUUAACCAGUCAUGACUUCCCCCAAAUAAUUACGUUAAGAGUGUUGAGAGUUGUUAGGAGAUCCUCACAAAGUCACAAUUCUCAAAAUUCCCUUGGGAAAGGGAUUGGAAAUCAAACUGCUCUGAGAACUGUAGCUCUAUGAGGGUAAUAAGAGUCUUCUAACAACUUGCAGCACCCUUAACAAACUACAGCUCCCAGGAAUAUUUGGGGGGAAGCUGCAACUGGUUAAAGUGGCAUGAUACUGCUUUAAAGGUGCGAAAGGUGCUACCAAUAGUGCAUUAGUUGUAGAUUUAUAUUGUCUGCAGAUUGUUCCACUUCCAUUAGUUCUGGUGUCUGGAGGGGGCAUAUCACAACAAAAUCAGUCAAACAACCCCCAGAAUGUUUGUCGUUUGAAAAUUUAUGGGGUUUUAGCAGGAAGUUACAGGAUAUGCAAUGAUUGGAAAUGAAGCAGUUUGUCCACACUGAAACCUUAGCAGGCACAGACAGUAUGGAAAGAGGGGCUGUGUUUGACCAGCCCUAAAGUGCAAGUAGAUCAAUAGGUACCACUCUGGCGGGAAGGUAAACGGCCUUUCUGUGUGCUGCUCUGGUUUCUCCAGAAGCGGCUUAGUCCUGCUGACCACAUAACCCAGAAGCUGCACACCUGCUCCCUCGGCCAAUAAAGCGAGACGAGCGCCGCAACCCCAGAGUCAUCCACGACUGGACCUAAUGGUCAGGGGUCCCUUUACCUUUACCUUUAUAGUAUCAUGAGCACAAAUCUUUAUGAAUGCACAAUAAAGAGGACCUCAGGAGGGGCCCUUCCUGAGUGUAAUAUUAGAGAAUUGGCAGGAAUCUCUUUUCUUUCCUUGGAGGGAGAGUUGCAUGCAUUUCAAGAGACUCAAGGGGAGAAAAAUCCCAGCUGCCUUUUUACCCUGUGCUUGUGCAGUACAGGCAGAAGAGCGAUGUUUCAAUUGUUCCAGCCAGGAAUUCGCUUGUCGAAGGGAUGUUUCUAUAUGAAGCCAAUUAUCUCCCUCUAAGUAGGGAGGGUUUUACCCUGGUUUUUCUUUUCUUUUCUUAAAAAAAUCCUCUGGAUUCAUUCUGCAAUAGGUCAUUGCAGAGUCGACACUGCAAACAAUGUCUGCACAAGUUCCAUUUCUGUUGCUUUCUUCCAGAUGCAAACCCGUGACUUUGGCAAUGGUUUGGACAGUGAACAUUUCCUGUCUUGUACUGGUUUAUCCAACUCAAAACUGUCUGCAGUGACUGGCAGUAGCUCUGUGGGAUCUUUCCCUCACCUACCUGAAGGUGCCAUUGGAGAUUAAGCCUGGGGCAUCGAAAGGAGGUGUCCAACCACUGAGCUAUGGUUCAUUGGCUCUUUCUGAGCUUCUCUUGUGCUGGUUACCAUAGAAUCAUAGAAUUGUAGAGAUGGAAGGGACCACGAGGGUCAUCUAGCCCAAUCCCCUGCAAUGCAGGGAACCUGCCUGCAGGGCCACUUGUUGUUUGCACAAAACAGACAAAGCAAAGUGGAGAGGAACAUUGUUUUAUGCAAAGGAGCACCUGAGCCCAUGUAAGGCUAACAUUCCCAUUACAAAGCUGACCAGAAAUAUGCAGCUAAAGAACCAACUGGCCACUUCCGCUCAAUGUGUGAAAUUCAACCUAAUCAAAUCUCCCCUCCCACCAUGUUCCUUCCUUCUUGAUUACAUUUGUAUCCCAUCUUUCCUUCAAGAAGCUUAAGAUGGCAUAUGGGGUUCCUCCCGCCACUCCCCCAUUUUAUCCUCACAAUGACCCUUUGAAGUAGGUUAGGCCAGGAGACAGCCACUGUCCCAGUGCCACCCAGUGAACCGCACUGGCUCUUGGUGGCUUUUAAUACAUUCAGUGGCGUUUCCUUCCCCUCUUGUCUUUCCUCUUCCUUUGGCAUUUUCUGUUUUUGAGAAUUUCAUGCAACUUCUGUGCAUUUCAUUUCAUUUCAUUUUAAAACAACAAACCUACCCACCCCCAAAUCACAUUCAGAGUAGUAAAUGAAAAGCCAGUUACAGUCUAGAAUUGAUCAACUGCACGCCCACACACUCCUUUUGUCAUUGCAAGGCUGAUGCUUGCAGCUUUUGAGAUGGUUCAAAAAAGAUAAGAAAAAAUCCCUCCCCCCAAAAACUCGGUGCUAGCACAAAGGAAAGGAAGAUCUAACGUACGAGAGAGAGCAAACCUCGUUCUGCCCCUGCCUUGCUAAAGCAGCUCCAAAUGGCCUCAAAAAAUGGAUCUGAUUUGAAUUGAAUAAUGCAAGAAGUGGCACAUCAGCAGAGGUGAGGGUUGCCACAUGCCCAGUCAUGUUCUGCCCCAUCAGAAAUCUCUCUAACACUGGAUCAAAUGGGCAUCCUUAGAAUUUAUCCGUUCUCUCUUCUGUAAGAUUAAAUAAGAACAAAUUCCUGUGGUUCCCUGUGGGGGAACUGUGGGGGAAAGCUAGGCCAGGGUCAGGCACCAUUUUAAAGCCUGAACAGCCUUUUUUUCGGGGCGGGGCCUGCAUGUCUGUAGUAGAUGGAGCUGGAAGUAAAAUUGGGUAAGGGGCUGAAGGUAAAAAUAAUGGGCAGAGCGUCCAGUACAACGGUCACUCCCUAGGCUAUGUUCCAGGCAGGUGAAAGCCAGAGGAUUCUGCACACCCAUUUCUCCAUCUAGGCAAGCAAGAGGCAUGGUCACCAGCCAAGGGCACUUCCAGCCAAGCCAAAGCAAGGCACAGAGGAGGGGCAGUGAGAGAUGGGAACUGAGAACAGACCUGACAGCCAGAUAGGGAGCUAUGGGGAGCCACAUUUGGUUCUGGACCAGAGGUUCUCCACCCUGGAUCUAGGCCUUUCGUGGACUGUGGGAGCAAAGGUUAUCCCAGAUCUGUGUGUGUUUUGCUUCCCGACCAAGUACCUUAUAGGAAUGAGAGAAAGAUUCAGUUCACAUUAAAAGUGAAUCCCUCUCAUUUACAAUAUGCAACCCAAAACAUGGUCAUCCUUUAAGAGUUGCACUUCUCUGAAUUUUGCAAUGCAGUUCUCCAGUUAAGUUGUGUGUACAAAAAUGCACAAACUAUGUUCAAGUUGUACAUGCAAAUGCAUAUAUUAAUGAAAGUAGCACACACAAAAUGCAAUGUAUUUGGGGACUUGCUUUGUGCAUUAGCCAAAUUGCAUGCAAAAAUAUGUGUUCAGGCACACCUCACAUUAUUAUGUUUUGCUUUCUUGCACUUUGCAGAUAUUUCUCCUAAUGGGGACAUGGGUGCAGCUGCAGGCAGCCUGGCCGCUUCCAGGGGAAGGAAGCCCACCCCCUCCACCACUGCCCCUCUUCUGGCCAAGGGAGUGGAGCUGGCUAUGGCUGGAGCCAGGUUUUUUGCCUCCUGCCCCUGCAGCCAAGGGCCAUGGCUUAAUGGACUGCAGUAUAGUAUAAACAUAACUUUUCACUGGAAAACAAAGAAACAAACAAAAAAGUGUGGCUCACUUUAUUGGAAUAUUUGCUUUAUUGCAGUGGUCUGGAACUGAACCAGCAGUAUCUCUGUGGUAUGCCUGUAUAUUGUAUUAUUGCAUUACAGUUUGAAUUCCAUAGAGUUGAAAUUGUAAUAUAAUAAAAUACAAUAUAAGAAGCAAUAAAUAUGCAGUUAGAAACCAGUGUUGAUAUUUAACAUGAUCACCAUCUCUCUUCUUCAACCACAAAUCCACAGAUGCCAUGGACCACCUAAAUGAAGUUUGUAGGGCAUUGGUGGACCAAGGAUCACAGUUUGGGGACCCUUAUCCAAGAAAGUUAGGCAACCAGGAGUUUGAACCACCACAUGCAUGCGGACAACCCCACUAGGUCCAUUGUUUUCAUUACACAUGCAUUUGCAAAUUCAUCUGAGUUGCACAUGGCUUUGAAAUCCUUCAUGGAUAAGAAUUAUCUCUGCAAUGCAUAAUGGAGCAGUGAGAGAGAGAUAUAUCAUAGGUGCUUGGGGGUAUGUGCAAGAAUCUUCACCCCCCACUCCCCACUGCCCAACACAUCCAAAUCCUCCAUAAAGGAAACUCUGAAUUAUGUGUCAAAAAAACACACAAAAAACCUAAUGCUGUACUCUGAAUAAACAAGCCAGACUGCAACAUUCAUUUCAAUUGCUUCAUUUGAGACCUGGAAGAAAUUGCUAUAUUAGUUUUGGCCCUUUGAGUACUAUUUAUUACUUUUAAUUGUACAAUUAAUAGCUGACAUUAAAAGAAAACUUAAAUGCAAAUAACAAGAACAGCCAGAUAUCAAUCAGAAAAGCAAAGUUAAUUGUCUCCAAAUUAAACUGAUAAUGAGAAGAUCUCUCCACAUUAGGAUGUCUUUGUCCAAUAUAAUCAAUAGGCAUCAACAGCACCUAUUGGGAGGGUCUGAAAUGGUGGUGAUGAGCAUCUGCAAACCCUGGAAACAGCUCAUAUGGCAAAAUGUUCAGUAGAACUGGCUCUGUUGAUCAGCUGCUUCAAUUUCUGUGGGAUUUUCUUUUUCCCCAGUGGUCAGGUAUUUAUUUUUUUCAAUUUCUCAUGUAAUUUUUUUCUUAUGACAGUGGUGUCACAAGACACAGAAAGUUGCCUUGUACUGAGUCAGACCACUGGUCUGUCUAGCUCAGUAUUGUCUAUGCUGACUGGCACAAGCUCUCCAAGGUUUGCGGCUGAAGUCUUUCUUAGCUCUACCUGGAGAUGCUGGGGAUUAAAUGUGGAAUCUUCUGCAUACAAAACAGAUGCUGUGCCACUGAGCCAUGGCCCACAUUACAGCCAUAUGAACCUUUGCAUACCAAUAGUAGACCCUUUGGAUUUCCCUCUGCAUGUGAAGACAGGCUUUGGCAGAUUGAAUGGGCAACACCAGUAGUGGGUCCAACAGCCAAGAAGGUGGUUUCUGCAUGUGCUGCAUGUGAGGGGCAGAUGGGGCUUGUAAACCUGGGAAGUUAGCUCAUCAGGGAGAAGGAAAAUUCUGAUCCUAAACCUCUGCUGGCUUGUGGGAUAUCUUCAGGAGAAGAAAAGGCUAAGGAGUAAACCCUACACAAAUCGGGAGAUGAGUCUCUAAGGCAGUUGGAUGGUGUCUUGUAUGCCUCCUUCCAGCCACUCCUGCAGCCAAGCUGAUGCCAAACGUCUUGCUCUGCUUUUCUUUGGACCACAUCAGUGAGGCCGAGAGGAGGGUCUUGUCAUCUGGGCAGCUACAGCUUCCAAAUCAACUUGUAACAUAAACAUGUUGAAGCAAUACAAUAUGGAGGUUACCAGAGCAUGGAUCACAGCAGUCUAACCCUGUUCAGGAAUGGUCAUGGUUGCCAUACUAACCAAAGCUGGUAGUAGCCACCUUUUCCCACCAAGGCAAGGCUGCCCCACCCAUGAGGUGGACUGAAACAGCCACCUCGGACUGCAGAAUCCAUGGCAGUUCCCCUGUUGGCACCCUGGGGCAGCUUCUAGCAAGAUCUCAUGAGAUUUUUCUGGAAGACACAGCCACUGAGCAACCCUGAUAAGCAAGGCUUCAGUAGGGGAGGCGACACCUUCCCAUUUGGCCUCAGGCGGCAAAAUGGGAUGGGUCACCCCUGCACCAAGGUGACUUGGGCCUGAAAGAGAUGGAUCCAAGAGCACCCCCAAACUAUGCAUAUGGAUAAAUUGAAAUCCAAGAGUGUCUUCAGGAAGGGGAUGUUUCAGAUCUUCUGGCUUAAGUUUCUUCAGGACUUGGCUACUUAAUACUUCUUUAAAAGAGGUCUGUGCCACAACCACACCCCCAGAGGAAUUGCAGCCUCCUGAAUCCUGUCAAGCAUCCCCACCCUAUUAGAUAAGAUAAACCAAGAAGGUCAAGGGAUUAGCCAGAGAGAGGAUUAGUCAAUCUGGCAUUGUCCUCACCCUUCAUCUGCAACAACUGAAAGAUGAACCAAAGUUCCAACUCAGAAUAAGGCAAGUUCCUCUACCCAAGUCUGCAAUAUUAUCCACACUUAGCUAUGUUGAAACACCAUUAAACACAGAAGGACUUAACUCGAGGUUACGCAUUUGCAGGAGUUGGCUGUGAGUUGUCCUUCCAAAGCCAUUACUGUUGACAGAUGUUGACUUUUCUGCAGCAUGGAAGCAGAUCUGGAAAGUUUAUCCUCUCUCUUAAUUUUGUAAAUACACAUUGGCAGGGAGUAGUGGUGGUGGAAAAAUAUCCACAGCGUUCAGCUCGAGAAAGCAUUAAUUUAAUAAUGCCAAUUUGCUCAAUUAAGUGAGGAAAACAUAUUUUUGUAUUUGCAAAUUCUGUCCUGUUAAUAUAUAUCUCCCCCUCCCCUCCUUGUUGGCAUGUGCGCACAUUCUGCUUCUCAUUUAAUCUUGUUUGCUUUGAAAUUAAGUUUUUCUGCGGCUUCCGAUUUAAAUAACAAAUUCCAGCUUUCUGUUGGCUUUAAUUUUUUGCUUUUGAAACCGUGACAUUUCUGACAAUCAUAGUCCUCUGAAAUUAUUGAUUUUUAUUUUUUGGGUAGAAAUUAAAUGUGCAAAUGAGCAUGAUGGUGAUUUAGGCAGAGGAAGACUAUGGUCUGUGAACACAGCUCUUGCUGGGAAGCUGGUUAACGGAUUUGCCACAAAUAGAUAUCAGCUCUGAGCCUGCUGUCAGAGCUUCAAAACUAAUAUUUCUGUGCUGACUUGCCUUGGUGUGUUAAGAAGCCGAAAGAAAAUGCUCUCUAAGAAUGUGAGAAGAGCCCUGCUGGAUUAGCCCAAAGGCCAUUCUAGUCCAGCAUUCUGUUAUCACAGUGGCCAACCAGAUGGCUUAAUCAGAAGCCCUCUAGCAGAAUGUGAGUGCAACAGCACUCUCCCCAGUUGUACUAGUGUGCAACUGGUAUUUAGAGGAUCUGAGAGUGGAGGAAGAACAUUGCAUUAUCCUCCAUGAACUUCUUUGACCCUCUCUUGAAGCCAUCCAAGAUGGUGGCCAUUGCUGCAUCUUGUUGGAGCAAAUUCCAAAGGCUUAAUUAUCUGCUUUGUGGAUACGUUUUUCCUUUGAUCUGUUCUGAAUCUUCUAACAUUGGAUUUCCCUGUGUUCUAGCACUGUGAGAGGGAGAGGAAACCCCCUCCCCCCCACUCUGCUAUCUUCACACCAUGCCUACUUAAAUACAAUGGUACCUCGGGUUACAUACGGUUCAGGUUACAGACGCUUCAGGUUACAGACUCUUCUAACCCAGAAAUAGUACCUCGGGUUAAGAACUUUGCUUCAGGAUAAGAACAGAAAUUGUGCUCUGGCGGUGUGGCGGCAGCAGCAGGCCCCAUUAGCUAAAGUGGUGCUUCAGGUUAAGAACAGUUUCAGGUUAAGAACGGACCUCUGGAACGAAUUAAGUACUUAACCCGAGGUACCACUGUACAUGCUCUUCCUGUCUCUCCUCCUCUUUUAUUCUAAACUAAUGUGACCACUAGAUAUUGUUAGAUUACCCCAUCCCUGGCCAUUGGGGGCAAUGAGAGUUGUUGUUGUCCGAUGACCUCUGGAAGUCACCACACUGGCUACUCCUGAAUCUAUACCUUAAAAGUAGGAGUUCACUUUUUUGGAAAAAUAUGCACAGAGUAGUCAUCAGAGGGUGGGUGCUUCACAAGAUGCCCAUUCUAAUUAUUGGUAGGGGUGGAUCAGCCUAUUUAUAUGCUCCUGACAUGAAUGCACUUCCAUUUCUGGAUGCAAAACUGGGCUCCUAGAUAUCUUCAACUUUUAUUUGAAACUGUGGGCCUGGUUCUCUUGACUGGCAUUUCUUCUAAAGUUUCAGUCUACUAACUGCUUGGGGUUGUUGGCCAUUUUAGAUCUCCUGCUCCUCUUUAGUUGCUAAUUUCAUUUCUUCAUUUUUGGCUAACCAUUGCCUUUAUUUAAUCAAGACAUACAUAUCUGUUUCUGUAAGAUGGGACAUUUUCCAAUUUUACUGGUGUAAGAGAUGGUCAUUCUCACCAUUUACCUUGUGGUAUUGAUAUUGGUAUGUCAGAGCAUUAGUAAAUGUUAUGACAUUUUCCAUUGCAGUGGUGCCCCGCAAGACGAAUGCCUCGCAAGACGGAAAACCCGCUAGACGAAAGGGUUUUCCGUUUUUGAGUUGAUUCGCAGGACGAAUUUCCCUAUGGGCUUGCUUCGCAAGACGAAAAUGUCUUGCGAGUCUUGAGAUUUUUUUUUCGCUUCCCCCCCCUUUUUCUAAGCCGCUAAGCCGCUAAUAGCCUUUUAGCAGCUAAGCCGAUAAGCCGAUAAACCUUUAAUAGCCGCUAAACCGCUAAUAGCGCUAAUCCGCCAAGCCGCUAAUAGGGUUGCUUCGCAAGACGAAAAAACCGCUAGACGAAGACACUCGCGGAACGGAUUAAUUUCGUCUUGCGAGGCACCACUGUAAUACUCUUGAUCUGGUGUCUCACUAAUGAGACUGAGAGAUGAGGCCAGGGUGGGGAAACCUUUUUUCAGUCUGAGAGUCACAUUCCCUCCUGGGAAACCUUCUGGGGGGCCACAUACCAAUGGUGGGCAGGGCCAGAGGUAAAAAUGGGUGGAGCAAUGGGUGUGGCUCUUGCUUUUUUAUGGCCGGUUGCAUUCCAGCCACACAAAAUUUGGAGGUUUCCAUGCACACCAAGACAUCUCUCCGUUCUUCAUCCAGGCAAGCAAGCAAGAGGCAUUCUCAUAGCUCAACACAUUCCAGCCAGGGAAAAGCACUCAAGAAGGGUGUGGAGCAAGGCUGGCAGUGGACACAGCCUGGGGAGAAGGCAUUGCCUGCAAGAGUACCAAAGGCCAUAUAGAAUCUCCAGAGGGCCACAUUUGGCUCCCAGUCCUGACAAUCCCCGUCCCUAGGCUAGGCACAUUGGGCUGCAUUUGAAUCUACAAAGUAGGAGCUUACCAGGGGCCCAAACAAGCCAGUCAACGGGCUCCCCAUGUGACCACAAUGUGCAAGCAGUUUUCUCCAGGAAAAAGUGGAAAUGUUUUGUUUGCGAGUUUUCUUCUUCCUCUGGAUUAAUCUUUAAGGAGAUUUGAGCAGUCCCAGAAGGAGGGUAAACAAGUCGUGCCGUUAUUUAGAUUGGUAUCUCUUGCAAGCUUGCAAGCCACUGUUGCUUUCUCUCCUUUUGAAGGCUUAAUUACCUGUUGGCCCAUUUUUCAAAAGCAUGCCACAUCAAUGCCACUAUCUUUCAUCUCUUUCCUCUUCUCCUCAUAAAUAUUCUUUCUUGGGUGUCAAUGGAGGCUCUUGCCAUGACAAACCUUUAUCUUUUCUAAUAUUGGACUCCGCUUGAUCUUUUCUGAUAUUACAAGGCAGCACGUGGGGGUGGGAAAUCUUCUGGCAGCUCCUACAUAAAUUGUUGUCAUGAUAGAGCCUUCUGUUUUAUUUAUUCAUUUAAGAGAGUAAGAAGAGUUUAGCUGGAUUGGGACCAAAGGCCGCCCCUUCCCCCAGUCCACUAUCCUGUCUCAUGGCAGCCCAACAGGAUUCAUCUGUGAAGCCCACAAACAGGAUCCAAGUGCAACAUCACUAUCCACAACCAUGAUGUCCAAUGAAACAAAAAUAUAAGGCAAGGCCCACUGGAUCAGGCCAAAGGCCCAUCCUUGUCUAGUAUCCUGUACUCACAAUGGCAAGCAGGACCUGAGUGCAACAGCACUCUCCACGCUUCAGAUAUGCAAGGAGGCAGGCAUCCUCUGUCACUGGAGGCAGAACAUAGCCAUUGUUGUUGGUUCAUUUAUUUGCUUACAUUUAUUUAGUUAUUGUCAGUUUUUAACCAGCUCUUCAUCAGAUGAUCCUGGGGCCGGUUGAUAUUUGAAAUGAUAGCAAUAAGCCAGAAAAAAUAAGAGCAAGCAAAAUGAAUGUAAUAAUCAUAUUUUUUUUAAAAAAAACACACAGCUAAUUUAAGCAACAAACUAGGAUCCUAGGAUCACUGGUGUUGUGCAUAUAUAUAUAUAUAUAUAUAUAUAUAUAAAGUUAUGCAUUUAAGGGAGAUGACACAAACCAAGACCAGGUUUGAUAUUCUCCCCUUUACAUGUUUCUAGGAAAUGGGUGGAAACAGGUGGUGGUGAAAUUGUUUCUGUGUGUGUGUGUUUGUGUGUUUGUGUGUUUGUGUGUAAGUGUAAUCAGAUGCCAGUGGAAAACCCAAAAGCAGGACCUGAGCUCUCUCCCCACUUGUGAUACCCAGCCAUUGGUAUUCAGAGACACAGUGGAUCUGAUAGCGGAACAUAGCCCAUCGCGGCUCGUAACCAUUGAUAGCAUUCAUCCUCCCUGAAUUGGUCUAACGCUCUUUUAAAGCCAUCCAGGUUGGUGGCCAUCAGGGUUUUGUCAAGCAUUAUGAAAUGGGGGGGGGGAUGCAUUAUGAAAAGUUCCAUUAUGAAAUGGAAAAAUGGACAUGGAAAAACAAAGCUUUUGAAAACUUUCUGGGGGUUUUUUUUUGGGGGGGGGUAUCCCCAACUACAUGGCCCCAAGUUAAUCAGGCCUUAAAAUAUAAUAAUAAAACCUUUGCCAAGAGGCAGUUGGUGCCAUCUUUUCUUUUCUUUUAAGCACAGGUGCUAUAUGUGUGCAGUAAUAUGUGUUUUAGCGAUCAACCUGUCUGCCUGAUGUGAAAAGGCAGCCCCCGAGUUUGAACAGUGCUGGAGUUCUUUCAUCAUCGACCAAGGCUGUUAGAUCUUUGGGGAAAGCCCUUCCAUUUACUGAACAGCUUUGAGCUUUCAGAGGAGUUGGCGGUUUCAACCAUUGCAAAAGAGCUGGUUAGGUCUCUCUCUUCUCUUCUCUUCUCUUCUCUUCUCUUCUCUUCUCUUCUCUUCUCUUCUCUCUCUUCUCUUUCUGGAGUAAAAAAUGCUGGAAAGGGCUUUCACAUAGAACAGAUUCCAGAUCCAUCUGAGGAGUUAUUAUGCAGAGCAGCACGGUGAAGAAGCUUAAAAUAAUAAGAUACUUGCUUUGUUUGAACAAAAGGUCUGGCUAAUUGCCAGUUUGGAGCACCAGGCAGGGCAAAGAAUUAUGGGUGGCAAAUGGAACUUGCUGGGCAAGAAGUUUGGUUUCUGCUGUAGGGGUUGUGAAUUAUUACUUAUUCAUUUUACUACUGCUGCUGCUACUACUACUACUACUAAUAUUCAACUGGUUGGGUGGAUGAUCUGAGGUCGUAUCAACGCCAUCCUUUACAACUCUCAGUACCCCUAACAAACCACAGUUCCCAGGAUUCUUGAGAGGAAGCCACAACUUCUAAAGUGCUAUAAGAGUGCUUUAUAUGUACUGGGUGAAUGUGACCUGUUCUGAUAUAAGACAGCCUGCAGCAUCAGGCCAAUGGCCCAUCGAGUCCAGCAUUCUGUUCUCACAGUGGCCAGACAGAUGCCCGUGGGAAACUUUCAAGCAGAACCCCAGCAGAUGGGCAGUCUCCCCUCCUACAGCCUCCGACUGUGGAAGCAGAGCAUAGCUAUCUUACUUAAUGGUCAUUUAUUGCCUUGUCCUCCAUGAAUCCAUCCAAUCCUCUUUUAAAACCAUCCAAGUGGGUGGCCAUUUCUUCCAGUGCUGGUUGGCCUGCCCUAACAGUCAGGCUGUGGAGUUUGGCUGCAAUGAGUGUGUCUCUCUGCAGACCUCAAACAGACAAUAUUGGACUCCUGGCAAAAACACCCUCUUAACUUCUUGGAAUAUAUGAGCCUGCUCUCCAAACAUGGCUCACCCAUUCUAAUGGUGGGUUUUCAGUGUAUUGUUGUGGUUUGCAUCUGUCUGUCUCAAGAGACAAUAGAGUGUGCCUUCAGGGGUAAAGUCAAACCACUGGAGAACCACAGUGCCUUUCAUGGCUGCAGAGGCUGGUAACUCAUAACUGCUGCCUCCCAUGUUGUUUUUGCUGCGUUAGUAGCACCAAAGUGAUCUCUCUGGGAUGCAAGCCUAGGCAGUGUGCAUGGAGGUCCUGGGCUGCCCAGACAAUGACCUCCCUCUCAGCCUCGUUGAUGUGGUACAAGAGAAAGUAGAGCAAUCCCUUUGCCACCAGCUUGGCUGCAUGAGUUGCCGGAAGGAGGAAUGCAGGGUGGCACUCAAACGCCUUAGGGAUUCUGCUCUGGAUUUGUGUGGGGUUUACUGCAUAGCCUUUUCUUCUCCCGAAUAUAUUCCACAAGGCAGUGAAGGUUUAGGAUCAGAGUUCUCCUAGAUGGGCUACUUUCCCAGGUGGACGAGCCCCAUAUCCCUUCACUUCUCUCUAAAGCAUGUUCAAUAACUGCCUUCUUGAUCGUUGGACCCACUAUUGGUCUUGUCUAUUCAAUCUGCUGCAGCCUGCUUUCUCAUGCAGGGGAAGUCCCUAACUCAACAAAGGUUUGAGACAAUUUUUAGUACAUUGCUUAUUUCAGGGAUAGCUAAAGUGAAGCCCCCCACCCAAAGGUUGUUUCACGCACCAUCCCUGACAAUAGGCCUUAUUGUAUUGGACUGGAGGGCACUGUGUUCGUUAACCCUUGUCUAUACACCCCUUAUCUAUUAGUUUGGCAACUAGUCAUCAAUCCUCCUUCCCAGAGAACUCUGGAAACUGUAGCUGUGAGAGGGGAAUAGGAAGCCUCCUGACAACUCACAGAACACUUAACUAACUUCUUUAGGGGAUACCUUGACUCUUUGAAUUUCAAUUAUGGUGCUUUUAUUUAUUUGUUUGUUUUUUAAAAAAAUUGGUUUUUUAUAAUACACAAAGAAAAAGGAAAGACACCCAUUACACCUACAUCAUACAAAAACAAAUAUAUAAGAAUAUAAUUCAUUAUAUCUUUCAUGGGCAGAAAUAAUGAUUCUUCUAAUUUUUUGUAAUAGAUAGCCGGGAGGCCAUCCGGGCCCGGUGUCUUCCCUCUCUUAGAUCUUUGAAUGGCUUGUUGCACCUCCACAGUGGUUAUUGGCGAGUUCAAUGUUUGUUACGGUGCUUUAAAUGUAUGGUGUGAAUGUGGCCUUACACGGGAUCAGAACUUUGGUCCAUCUUGCUCAGGAUUGUCUGAAGUGACUUGCAGCAGCUCCUCCAGGCAGGUUUUCUUCCUAGCCCUACCUGGAAAUGCUGAUGGUUGGACCAGGGAUCUUCUGCACGCAAAGCAGGUGCUCUACCACUUAACCACCGCCCUUAUCCCAUUGUUGUUGACUGAUCGUUAACUGACUGAUGGUGGAGGCUGUCGAGGUUAACUUUUAAAGCAAAAACAAAACCCCUGCAAAUUGCAUCUCUAUCAGUCUGCCACGGAGGCGGCUGGCUGUAUCUUAUAAUUUAAUCCUGAUGUAUCAAGAGCUGGAUGGAAAUGCCAACUUCAUGUUGUUCUUUUUAUAAAGACACUUUUAGCUCAGUGGUCAUGCUGUGGUAAUGGGAUCCUGCUUCUUGAUAAUGUGCAAGUAGCAAAGGAGUGGGUUGCUGAGUGACUGAGAGUAGUCACUCGAUGGAGAUAAUUUUCACGAAGAAAACCCCUGAGCGUUCAACAGGACAUUUGGCUGCCUUCAGAUUCUGCACAGUGUGCACUAUAUGGGCAUUUCCAAAAAUAAACUUUCAGGGCAGGGGAGAAUACUUUGCUCACCAAAGGUCCCCAGUUGAAUCCCUGGCACUUCUUCAAAGAAUUAUCAGGAAUGGCAUUUCUCUGCUUAAGAUCUUGGGGAGCUGCUGCCGGUCAGAGUAGACAAUACUGGGCUAGAAGGGCACAUUGCCUGACCCAAUAUGAGGCAGACUCCUGGAUGCAAAGAGUAGAUAAGUGUUCCUAGAAAUACCUUGGAUGGAUGAGUCAGUGGGGGUCAUCAGCUGAGGUUCCUAGAAGACUGGCUUGUCUUGACAUUUGGUUUCCUGCACCACAAACAUCUGAUGCCGCCUGAGUUCUGUGCAGCCCUGAUGACCAGUAGCCAAGGAUAAAGCACGUAGCUAUUAGUGUGUCCCAAAACACAUAGUUAUCAGCUUAUGUAAGCCAGUGUGGUUAGAGAGCAUUGGGCUAGAAGCUGGGAGACUAGCGUUCAAAUGCCCCGAUCAGUCAGUCACCAGCUACCCAUGUCUCCUAACUUAUGCAAGCCCACGAAAGCAUCCCACUGGGUGCAAGUUGAAGCUGCAUUUCCAGCACGACCGAGCAAGGGGGCCAUAAGAAGAAAUUGCAAGAUGAAGAUGGUGUGGCUUGGCUCCUAAUUUGAUCAUUCAUCUCUGAAUGGAGCAAGUGUUGCACUCUCUGCACAGCAGCAAAUUACUGUACACAAGCUAUAAUCACCCGCGGCACGCUCUUGGCUCUGCUUCUACUGCUCUUAAUUGGAUGACGUACUCCACAGUGUUACUCUUCGUUCCUCCCAGCUUGCUUCAGCAAGCGUCAAGCAAAAGAAGUGCUUUACUCUGAACCGUCUGGAAUGCUGUGAGCACUUUAUCCUUUUUAAUGAACUGAAUGUACACGACAAAUACAUGUGUCUGAGGAGAGGAACAAGUAUAUUUAUAUGCUUUAUUACAUAUAUAUGUGUGUGUGUGACACAUUCAAACAUCCUGUCACGCGAUGGGUCAGUGGGUCUGGCUGUUAACCAGAAAAUUGUUGGUUCGAGACCACCCAGGGAUGGCUGUGGGCAGGAUUCCUGCAUAGCAGAGGGUUGGGCUGGAUGAUCCUUGGGGUCUACAAUUUUAUGGUUCUAUCCAUAUAAGUCUCACAGAAAUAUGCACUUGCAAUAUAUCCCUCAAACGUAAAGAUCUACGGUAUUUAUCAAAUUUUACAAAAUGUCAUGUUAUUUCUUUUGUUUUGCCAUAGUCUGUGCCUCCAAUGUAUGCCUCCAAUUUAUUUAUUUCCAUUAAUGGUUAGCAUACAAUUCUAAGCAAAAUACUCAAAGUGGUUUAUAAAUAAUGAUAAUAGUUAAUAAUGGUUUGAUUUAUUUAAUAAUUUUACUUGCUACAUCAGGAGUCUCUAAGCAACUUACAACACAGGCAUAGCAGAAAAAAGCUAAUAUGGCUUUGUUAGCAUAUUAUGCAGAGGAUACCCAAUAUUUCCCCCAUAAAGACCUUAUAGCCCACCCUAAUGACAGCAGCAAAGCUUAGCAUCUCCAGGUUUGAGAGGACAUUAAAUACAGACUAAUUUGAGGCUUGGCAUUCACAGCUUUGGGGCUUGAUAUUGAUGGACAAAUUAACUACUCCAGUUUGACUAAAUCCAACACUUUUUACUCAACUUGCUAUAACUCUAUUACUUAUGCAAUGUCAAAAGAGCAUGAUUACAGGCUGCCAGCAACACAUUGGGACUUUUAGAAUGGCACUUUUGUUCAAUGAGGGAAAUAAUUCUUCUCUUGAUUUUUUCUAGUUUGUGUACUUCUGUGGGGGAGGGGGAGGGGCUAUUUGUUUUUAUGUUACGUGUUUUUAUCUGAAAAUAGAAAUAAAUGGUUUUAAAAAUUAGAAGAAGAAGAAGAGCAGGAUAGAAAUUUAAUAAAUAAGAUGUAAUGAAAUAAAAGCCAUACAGCAACCCAUAGCACAGACCCAUAACUGUUCAUAAACAGCAAACACAGAACAGUAGAAACCAUAGGUUAUAAAAUAAUCACAUUUAUAAAAUAUAAGUUGGAUAGUGUGAUCCAAUGCAUGCUGACUAUGAAGUAAGCCCCACUGAACACAACAGGUCUAACUUCUGAGAAAACAUGCAUAGGAUUGCCUUGUUGUAUAAAAGUAGUAAUAUGAGACAAGCAACAGGAGACCAAAAUAUGUUUAAAUCAGUCAGUUGAAAGCAAAUGCCUGUUUGAGACAGUUACUUGGGGAAAGUACUGUUGUUGCUGUUAGAAUUUAUAAACUGCCUUUCAUUUCAAGACAAAAUGCCAAGCAAAUCAAAGCCAACAGCAAAGAAACAAGAAUAAAAACAAUUAUUAAAAAAUUACAGCUACCCAUAAUUAAAAUACACACUAAAACAACUACAUUAAAGCACCCAUAGCUAAAAUAUGUAAGAAAGAAGCCCACUAAAACACAUUUUCAGUUAGAAAAGAAGAUCAAGGGAAUGUUGUUCUAAACAACUGUAUUGACAAAGCUAGCGGAAAGCCAAUACUGAUGGCAUAUUUAAGCAGAGAGAGGAUUCCACUGCACUGGUGUCACCAGUAAAAAAGUAUAAACUAUGGUGGAACCAGGCUGGUUAUGGUUGGGUUCUAAGAAUACAGAAUUCAGAUGCCACUACAGACCACCUCUCUCAUACCUGCCUGCCCGAUACGUAACCUGACAGUGGCAAGCCGUGGAUUACAGAAUAAUUAGAAGGGUCCCUGAAAGUAAUCUAGUCUAACUACUUGCUUAAUGAAUAAAAUCUAAAACUGGAUCAUCCCCAGCAGAUAGCUGUCGUAGCCUCUUGAAGACUUUCAGUGAAGGAGAGCCUGCCCACCCCCUCAAUGAUAAUUGGUUCCACUGAUGAACUGCUCUUACUGUUUAUAAGUGUCUCCUAAUGUUCCAUCAAAAUCUACCAGCCUGUCACUUAAGCUCAUUAAAUCUAUUUCUAACCUGUGGGGCAGCAGAUGAGGCUGAUGGCAUGGAUCAUAAGGCUCAAGAAAGCUAAUAUGGGAAUUGUGAAAACAAACGCUUACUGAUUGCAGUAAGUAUGUCCCCAUUUUGCAUUUAGUAUGUUAAUCUUAGAAGACUCCAGAUUACCAAGCUCUGUCACUCCAGUGCUGGACUGAAGGUAAAUAGUUUCAUUCCCAAUUUUUGCUGCAAAUAUUCUCAUUGCAAUUAGCAAAUUGAAAAUCAAUUCAAACUCAUAUUUUGUUCUUGAGUCCUUCACAGUAUGCUGAUGCCAUAAGUAAUGGAUCCAUAGGGACUUAAUUGCUGUAAUUUUUUUUAAAAAAAUAUAUAUACGAGUGACUGUUCUUUAGUUGUUGUUUCUAAUGUGCAGGCCAAAUCACCAAGCACUGAUUUCUCUAGCCAUUCCAAUCCCACACUAACAAGAUUUCAGUGCUCAUCCACACUUAUCUUUGCUUUGCAUUUCUAGGCACAGAUCUGGGCUUUCCAUUCCAGGUCCAAGUGGUUUUGUUUCCCCCCACUGUUUUCCCCAUGGAAACCUGCUGUUUACCACCAAAUCAGAGCAAACAGCAAUCUGUAGAAUACCCCAAUUGCUGUUUGCUCCGAUUCAGUGGUAAGCUACAGGUUUCCGUGGGGAAAGUGUCGGGACAAAAAUAAGUAAAUGAAAGCCCUCAAUUUGCGAACCGAGAAAGCCUUGAAAGCAUGGGGCAAAAGGUAAAUGGAAUAAGCCCUCAGUCAUAUGCAUUGAUUUCAAUGGCCCGAUUCUGUGUAGAACUAGCAUUGAAUAUCGACCCAGGAUUUGCUUAAAUUGUUUUUGGACAGGGAACCUGUAGCCCUUCAGAUCUUGUUGGAUUACAACUCCUAUUGUCCUGACAUUGGCUGUGCUGGCUGGUGCUGAGGAGAGCUGGACAUCUGGAGGGUCACAGGUCCCCAUUCCUGGCAUAUGGUGAUAGUCUCACCCUCAUUAUCCAGGUAGUAUUCCAUCUCAAUACAGUAGCUAUCUGCUGUCGAAAAUCUUCGUUCUGAUAUUUAAUUUCGGCACAGCAGCACAGCUUUGUAAGGAAAUAACUUUGACAAGCAGUUUCUAAGAAUAUAAAAAGGUUUCCAAAUUCUGUCUCAAUUUCAGAGACUCUGGUAGACCAUGGUUUGUGCAAAACACAUAACAUACAAACCAUGGCUAAAUACUAAAAAGGCAAAUGGUGGCUAAGAGCUGCCUGAAUUGCUUUAAGUUUUUACCUCCUCAGGUUCAUAAGUAUACUAUCUCUAGCAGCCUCUGAUGGUGGAGCAAUAAGCACAAUUGGAUUUUGUUGAUUCAGAAAGUUUCCUGAUACUGUGGUCUUGAUUGCAAACCAUAGUUCAUCAGUCCAGGCAUCAAGCUAAGUUUCCCUAACUGUGGUUUCACAUGAUGUCUGAAUGGAUUCCAAAUAUCAUUGUAUUUAUUCAUACACAAUCUAUGUCUAAAAGCUAUCCAUUUGUUUACUGCAGUUGUCAUGUCUUCUAUCCACUGCUCAAAGGGGGGGCAUGGUAUUAUCUUUCCGAUGAAUCACUUGGUCUUUUGGAAGAAGUUACAGUGCAGAGAGUCCAUUUAUGCUGACCCGCUGUCAAACCCCAUAUAGUUGGCAUAUGGUUUCAAAUAAUAUUAUCAUCUGAGAAUUGUAACUUUUAAAAUUUAACAUUCGCCUGCAGCCGACUAGAUUGCUUACAAAGCCCCCUAUAUGCUUCCAUUGCAAAUGAAAGCAAAGCUUGGAGCCCAUUUCUUAAAGAAGUAAGAGCAGCACCUUGCCUUUGCUAAUCAAUUUGACAAUUGUCCAUCAUUCUUUACUAUUAAGCCUCAUUCCCUUCCUCUCUCAACUUUUCUCCAAAACUCCUGUCAGCUCACAGAGGCCUCACGCAAGGAAUCCUUGAGAGACAGUCAUGUAAAUUUAAGACCACCAUUUUGUCUGUCGCUCUCCCUGUUUUGUUUUGGUUUUACAUCGUGGGUCUUGCAAUAGCUAUUGUAGGCUUCCAAGGGCAUCCAGCCUGCAGCAUGCUGAUAAAAGGAUAUGAAUAAAUAAUUGCAGUGUAAUGAGGUAACCUGUAGAUGUUGUUUUAACAUCAUUCAGUUGGUAAAAGACCAUUUGCUCCCUGCAUUCUCCCUCUAAAUCUUUUUUUCAGUCUAGGCAUUUCCCAUCCUUGAUGCAUGUCUGUUCACCCCUGUCUUCUUGCUGGUGCUCGUGAUCUGAUAACAAGAUUCUCUUUCUGAUCAAUACUUCUUCACUUGAGAUUUUAUUAUCACGCUACCUUCAGGCUGCUCCUAGAAUUGGUCCGUGUGCUCCAAAUUGUGUUAUUUCUUGCACUAAUUCUUUUGAAGGCCACUGAUCUCUAAAUGGGCAGGAGGAGGAGAAACCCUUUUGGCCUGUGGAAGCCUGCAAAUUAUCAAAUGUUUCCUCCCUCCCCUUUGCAUUAGCAGAUGUUAUGUUUGGCACAUAUUGAUCCUUUCCCUUCCCUUCCUUUGCAGGAACAUUUCACACCAGAAUGCAAGUUCAAAGAGUCGGUUUUUGAAAACUACUAUGUGACAUACUCGUCCAUGAUCUACAGACAGCAGCAGUCAGGGAGAGGCUGGUACUUGGGUCUGAACAAAGAAGGGGAGAUCAUGAAAGGAAACCAUGUCAAGAAAAACAAAGCGGCGGCACAUUUCCUUCCCAAACCAUUAAAAGGUAAAAAAAUAUCCAGGCAUGCACAGAGCUCUGCAGGUGCAUUGGAAUGCCAGACUCCCCUGCAUGCUUGACCAAAGUGCAGGCUUUUCUGACAUUAGUUGAAAAUGUGCAGGGAGGAAGUGUAGUUCAGUGGCAAGGCCCCCUCUUUGCAUUUAGAAGGUCCCAGGUUCAAUUCCUGGCAUCUCCAGGUACGGCUGGGAAAGAUUUUCUGUCUGAAACCCCGGAUAGCUGCUGUCAGACAGUGUAAGGCAUUGAUGAACCAAUAGUCUGAUUCAUUAUAAGGCAGCUUCUUGUGUUCAUAUGCAUAAGAGUUUCUACAGGGCUGAGAUGAAGCUAUUCUAAGUAUAGAGAAGGGGGGAGGAAUUCAAGUCAGUUAGCGUUUAAAGGCAAAUCUUCCUAAUCUGCGCCUUCCGAAACAAUACAUGAGCUGAAACUCAGCCAUCCUUCAAAAUUUUCAGUUCUCCAAAUUUUGCAGUACAGUGGUACCUCUAGUUACGAACUUAAUUCAUUCCAGAGGUCCAUUCUUCACCUGAAACUGUUCUUAACUAGAGGCGUGCUUUCACUAAUGGGGCCUCUUGCUGCCGCUGUGCCGCCAGCACACGAUUUUCGUUCUCAUCCUGGGGCAAAGUUCUCAACUUAAGGUAACUCUUCCAGGUUAGCGGAGUUUGUAACUUGAAGCGUUUGUAGCCUGAGGCGUUUGUAACUCGAGGUAGCACUGUACUGCAAAAUACUCCAGGUAAUUAACAUGUACAAAAAAAUACACAUACCGGGGUAAAGUUUGCACAUAAAUGCAAAUGCAUUAAAUUGGGGGGGGGGUGCAUUUUUAAAAGCUGUAUGUUCAGAGAAAUUUGCAAUAAAAUCCUGGUGAAUUUCCACAGAGGCUUUAAAAAUAAUAAUAAGCUGAAACUGAUCCGGAAAUGCGGAGAACUGAACUUAAAAUGCAGAGAGAGAGAGAGAGAGAGAGAGAGAGAGAGAGAGAGAGAGAGAGAGAUGGAAACAAACCACAACUGACAGAUUUACCCAUGCCUACAUGGGUAGAGUUCCCUGGGGAUAGGAGCUGAUUGUUAAACCACUCUGGGAGUUGUAGCUCUUGGUGGGGUGUGUGGAGUAUGAGUCUCUUACCAACUCUCAGCACUCUUAACAGAUUAUAGUGCCCAGGAUCCUUUGAGAGAAGCCAUGACUGUUUAAAAUGCUAAGAUGCAGCUUCAAAUGCAUAGUGCAGGUGUGACCUAAGUGAAGCACUUCAUGAGUGGAACAAGUUUUACUUGUGCAUGGGAAGUUCCCUUCCCUCUCUUCCCUCUAUGUGCUUCCACAACAUAGCCCCGCACCCCCAAUAUGCUCUGGGGUCUCUCCAAUCCUCUGGCGCAGAUCCCAGAGCAGAGAAAUGCAUGGGAAGAGAGGAAGGGAAAGUAGAAUAAAAGAAGAAGACAGGAAUAAUGUGACACCGGCCCUUACGAAGUCUCUUACACUUUUCUUGUUUUUCCUCUCCUUCAGUGGCCAUGUACAAAGAACCUUCCCUCCAUGAUCUUACAGAAUUUUCACGGUCUGGCAGCGGGACCCCCACGAAAAGCAGAAGCGUCUCAGGAGUGCUAAACGGUGGGAAAUCCAUGAGCCAAAACGAAUCGACGUAG